AUGCAAUUCUACGUGUAUCAAAUAGUCUGUUACGAUCUUCAAUUUACCAGCCUCUGUCUGUAUAUUAGAGCGCACUUCGUCAACAUUCGUGGAGCCUUCAGGACGAUUAGAGCGAGAUGUUUUCACAAUAUGCGAUUACCAAGUAAUUACCAAAUAUUCAGGGACUCAGAAAACCCGGUGUUAUCAAACAUGAUGGAAAAGGAAAUGAAGAAAAUUACCAUUCACCUUCAAAUGAUCAUCGACGUUUGCAAAGAUAUGGAGGAUAUUUUCUGUUACGGGACUUUAGCCCAAUCUGUGGUCACACUAUUUGCUAUAGUUUCCUGCCUCUACAUCAUGUCUUACGAGCCUCUUUUCAGUCCAAAUUUCAUUGCGCAACUUGACUAUUGCGGCGGAGUUGUCAUUCAAUUGACAUUUUGCUGCGUCUAUGGAAAUGAAAUUACAUUGAACGCUCAAUACGUGAUGAUUGGAAUAUACGAAUCAGAUUGGUUCGCCGCCAACACGUCUUUCAAGAAAUCGAUGAUCAUGAACAUGAGGAGAUUGCAGAAACCUAUUGUCUUGACCAUCGGCAAAUUCUACCCACUCACGCUCACAGCUUUAAUCGCAGUGAUUCGAUGCGGAUUUUCUUAUUUCACCGUGUUGAAGCAGACCACGUAAAAGACAAAAUUAUCCUCUGCAUAUUAUUACAUAAUAAAGUGUACUAAUAAUAAUAAUCAAAGCCCUUUCUAAACCUAGAAAUAGAAUAAUCGCAAAUUGCUGUUAUAUUUUCAUGUCGGAAUACAAACUGUAAAUAUUUUAAUUCUCUUCUCCUAGCUUGAAUUGAUUAGACUGCGACCAACUUUUGAAAGAAGAAGACUUGCCGGCUAACUAUUUACUGAUUACUUUAUUAACAUCUGAAGAUGAAGGAUGCAUUUCUUCAUUUCUUCUAACAUCUCGAAAAUAAAGUGCAAAAUAAAACUCGUUACCAUUUCGAGUUACUAUGAGGACUGUUAAACAAUCUUUCAAUUAUUCUCAGCAUAUAAAUCCUGAUACUUGUAGAAAAACGGCUAUACAAUUAUUCACGCAAAUGGCGUUAACGAUCGGUAGAUUUUCUUACAUUUAAUUUCUUUAAUUUAUGUCUGUAAGUUAAAAAUGUGAAUUCGAUAAUAUUAUAUUAGU